GGGUCAGAUGCUGAAAUACUAUGUGAUAAACAUUUUAGGUUUCAUUUGUAAAGAGAAAGAAGUGGGCAACUCAGUGUGCCGUCUUUAUGAUCAACAAUGAAAGAGAGCGUGGAGCAGCAGAGUGUCUGUCCUGGUGAGGUAGAGGAUGCUGACAGCUGCUCAGAAUCUGUGAAGUUCGAUGCCCGCUCCAUGACAACAUCGCUUCUUCCCAAUCCUAAGAAUGGCUCUGCCCUUCAAGAGAAGCUGAAGUCUUUCAAAGCUGCCUUAAUUGUCCUUUAUCUUAUUGUGUUUGCAGUUCUCAUACCUAUCAUUGGAAUAGUGGCAGCUCGGUUUCUGAAGUGGGAAGUUGGUUCAAUUAAUACAAGUGAUAUAUCUCAAAGUCUGAUGGGAGAAAACAACACCACCAGUGAAGCUGAAAUGGGAUUUAGAGAAGUUGUCAUGAAACACAUGAAUGGCAUCGAGGAGAGGCUCCAGUACAUUUCAGAAGCAAAAGGCAAUCUCAUAAACUCGGAGUGCUUCCAGAAUUUCAGUAUGACAUUCGACCAAAGAUUUAAUGAUGUUCUUCUGCAACUCAGUUUCUUGAAUUCAUCAGUCCAGGAACAUGGAAAUGCAAUAGAUGAAAUCUCCAAAUCCUUAUUACGUCUGAAUACUACACUGCUUGAUUUGCAGCUCUAUACAGAGACACUGAACAGCAAAGUUCUUGAGUCUAUGGUUAAGCAUCAAGAGGAAACCAGUAAAAUAGAGGAAAGUGUACACAAAGCAUCAGCAGAAAUUCAGUCUAUGAGAGAAGAGCAAGUGCGUGUGGAACAGGAAAUAAAAAAGGAAGUGAAAAUACUGAAUAACAUCACUAACGACCUCAGACUGAAAGACUGGGAGCAAUCACAGACAUUGAGAAAUAUCACUUUAAUUCAAGGUCCUCCUGGACCUCCAGGUGAAAAAGGAGACAGAGGGCUCACUGGAGAAAGUGGUUCACCUGGCCUUCCUGGUUUAAUAGGUCCUCCUGGUCUUAAAGGUGAUCAAGGAUCAACUGGCUUCCCCGGAACUCGAGGAUACCCAGGAGCACCGGGAAGAUCAGGGCGGUCAGGAUUUCCUGGACCUAAAGGCCAAAAGGGAGAAAAGGGGAGUGGAGGCAUGUCAAGACCAGUAUAACUCCCUGAUCAUAUUGGGGCAGGGCCCUUUUAAGAUCAGGUGAGUUAGGUGGAACACCCUUUACCAGGAUCUCCUUAAAAGGUCUUUCACCUCUGGACAAGCCAUCAGCACAACUGACUUCCAAGAUUCCUUUGCAACUCUUCCAAAUGACCUUGUUCCUGUGCCAUACCUGGCUUCUACAUGACUCCUCCUGACCCUGGGCUGCUUGGCCUCCACUGUCACGCUCUUGCCAUUCUCCACUCCACCACAAUGGCUCGCAAUCCCUGCUGCCCUCUGGCUGGAUGCCACCCACCCAGAUGCUGACUGGUGGAAUGUCCCAGUCCCCUUCACAGCUUUUACUGUUCACUCAUCUAAUCUUAUAGAUGUAAUCCAAUUUAAUCCCACUGAGUUCUAGAUGAAAUCUCAUGGGUAUUGAUUAAAUAUGUGUUCUUUAGGCUGAAGACAUUUUACUCAACCAAAAAUAGGGAUGGAAUAGAAAAAAAUGCAUGUAUCUGUUCUUUGAUUCAUUCCUUCAAUCAGAACCGGAUCAUUGUGUACCUCUCAGAGCCAGACAUAACAGCUAGCAAGAUAGAUGCUUUAUCUGACUUUAUAGAGGUAAUUAACCCUAAGAGGUAAAAAUAUACUGUUUAUAAACAUACCAGAGUUAUUCUGGGAAAAUAGCAGGGUUGUAUAGUUCUUGGGAGGAGAUAAAUAUUUUAAUAUCUUAAGAUAGUAAAAAUAGAUUUAAUUGUAUUUGCUUGUUUUACUCUUCUAUUAUCCUCACCAAAUUAGUGUGGGGUGUGUGUGUGUGUGUGUGUGUGUGUGUGCGUGUGUGUGUGUAUGUGUGAAUUUUGGUGCAAGAAGAUUUUACUUUCUUCAACACAUUUGAAUAAAAACCAAAACACAUUUCAUUAAAUUACUUAUCCAUUUUAAACAAAAAUACUUUGAUCAUGAAAAAAAUAAUGGUUAUUUUAUUCUAAAAUGCUCUUUGCAUUUGAAAUUUUAUAUUAAAUAUGAAUCUUGGAAAAGAAGAAAUAUAUCAAUAGAACUGAAGAUAUUUUGUGUAAGUGAAGAAAGGGAAAAUAAAAUUCAAAGACAAAAAAUGUAAACGAAAUUUAAAACAAUACAGAAAUAAGAAAGAUGUAAUAAUCAUUGUUAUUUUCAAGUGUUUCUCCAUGAGUUAACAGAACAUAUUUUUCAGAACUUUUCUUUCCUUCAGUUUUAAGAGAUGGCCCCAAACUACAUGGAUUAAGAUACUAGCAGAACUCUAAGUUGUAGCACUGUUUGUAUCUCACUAUUUCCAUUUCUUUGUUUUGCUUUUAAAUGAAAACCAAUGCUGAAUACUUUGUUUAAAAGAAUAAAUUAUCCUAAUUUCCAUAAUGAAUAAUAAAAAGUGACAAUUUCUUUGCUCUAUUGUCACCCUAACUGUAAAGGACAAGUGUUUUCGUCAAUCACAGGAGUCAUAUAAGGAAAUAACAUGAGGCACUGUCUUAAAUAGUUCUGUUAUUUGUCAGCUGUGUGUUAGUAUGUAUUUUUGUGCUUUGAUCAUACUACAUAAGACAAAUCAACUUUUAUUAUUCUAAAAUUCAUACAAUGAUGGGAAAAAUGCAAUUGUCUGUGCUUCGAUUUAUACUAAGGAUUCAGGUCAAUCCUAAUAAAUCUCUGGUCUUUCUCAAAAUA